UACACACCAAGACACAAACUAUAGAAGCUCAAUUCAUCAUUCACUUCAAAAUCUUCUCCUCAAACUCUCUCACAAAUCUUCAACUCUGAGCUUUCUUUUGCAAGAAGGUAGCAGCUAUGGAUCAAAACCAAAGCAAGUAUCAGGUUUUGAGGGAAUAUUUCAACAAUAGACAGUUUUUGAAAAGAACUUUGCAGUUUGUUCUCUCAGUUUCUGUGUUUUCUGUUUUUGUUUGGUACUCUUCUGGCUUUUCCAUACACCCUCAGUCCUUCAAUGCCUACUUCUCCACGUGCCUUUUCUCCAUGUUCACUCACACCCUUGAGAGAAAAUACGUGUUCCUCAUUUGUAACGGAAUCCUUGCAUUUGUAGCCAAGAUGUCACUCAUGAACUCUUCAGAUUCGGACUUUGACCAACUUUCCGAUCUGUCAGAGACAAAAACAACAGUUUCUGACAUGGUGGUUGCUCCUCUGGUCGAAAGUUUUGCGUCCCCAGAGAAUGUUUGUCUGGUGGUUGAAGAACAACAGGGGCAAGAGGAAUACACUGAAGAAGUUCCAGAAGACGAAGACCAAGAACAAGACACCAAAACCGAAGGAAGAGAAAGUGAAGGUUACAUUACUGAAGAGGAGAUCAAAGAAGGAGAAUCAGAUAGCGAGGUUGAGAUGGCACUAGAUGAUGAACUUGCAGAAACAACUACUACAACAAACAAUGAAGAGUUAUUACAUACAGAUGAACUGAACAGAAAGUUUGAAGAGUUCAUAAGGAAAAUGAAAGAAGAGAUAAGAAUUGAAGCUCAAAGACAGCUUAUUGCAGUUUAAUUAGUGCAUCUAUAAAAUAAAAGAAGACAAAGAAUAAAGUGCUUCAGUCUGUUUCAAAUAACUAGAGUUUAUUGAAACUUAGUCACUUUUGUUUGCAUGUGUAGAACUAUUCAUUCCAUGUUUUCCAUCUUUUAAGCUUCUUUCCUUUUCAGUACGAAGAAA